UUCCUGCCGCUAAAGCAGCAGCGAGUGGCGCUCCUCUGUUUGUUACUGACGAGGAAACUCCGGUCAAUCAGCUGUUCAGCUGCUUUUAGUUAAACAUGAAAGCAAACGUAACAACGUGUUAAGUUAAACCCGGAAGUGAAGCUCCAGAUGGAGCCGCAGUGUGAGGAGGUGGAGGAGGAGGCUUCAGCAGCCAUGCUGUGGUCCGUCCAGGAGGCGGUGGAGAGGCAGACUUUGCAAAUCGGAGCCUCCGCCUGCGGAGCCACGGCGGUGGUGGACGUGCUGAAGGCCCUGGGGGUGGAGGCGACACCGGAGGAGGUGGACCGCUACGUCCAGACCCGGCUGAGGAGGAACGAGUCCCUGCUGCCAGACUACCUGUUGUCCCGCAGCGAAGCAGGUGCGACUCACGUGCAGCUCAUCCAGGGGGCGCUAGAGGCCAGUGGUGGGAAGGUCACGGGUCGGUUCUUCCACCUCCAUCCUCGCCGCCAGGUCCGACUGGUCCCCUGGCUCGCACGCUGGAUCCGAAAAGGGGCCGUUCCCGUAGCAACCAUGAACAUGCAGCUGGGUGUGCCGGAGGGGGAGGAGGUGCCUGACGCCUGGCACCAUCAGCUGAUAUUUGGUGUCGCAGCAAACGCCGUGUUCAUGACCAACCCUCUGGAUGUAGUGAGUGAAGAAGAGGCUCAGCAGCGACUCUGCAGCGACUCUGUGCUUCUGAUUCGUCGGGAAGACGUCCUGCAGCGUUGGACGGAGGACUGCUCCUUGUCCAGCCUGUCGGAGAACCCGAGCGAUCCGCGGUGGAGGGACCUGGAUGUGGAGGGUCAGGUGUGGAAGAUGGUCCUGGAGGCGGACCUGGAUGAAUCUGGAGCUAAAGUAGCACACAUCAGGAUACCUGCAGCUUACAGCUCAGGUGUUACUCUCUUCACCCUGCAGGACUCCACACUGGGACGAGAACUCCUGACUGAACCUGAAAUCCCUUUGUUGUGACGUCCUGAGAGUUGUUUAUGACAGAUGGACAAAGUCCUCCACCCGGCUUCAGUACGGACUCUUGAGAGGAUAUCAAUUCUCUCAUCAGUAAUAAACGCUCUGGCUGAUGUUCCAGAGUGGUUUUGAUAUGAGCAGACUGAUCUUCUGUAAUUGCUUCAGAUGUCAUCAUCAGUGGAUUAAUGCGUCAGAACUAGAAUUAAAGUCUUAUUUUACCUCUAAAACCCA